AUGGCCUCCUCCAUCUCCGAAGCCUUCUUCUCUCUGCUUCUCGCCUUUGCCCUCUUUGUCUCCGGUGUCCUGGGAGGGAUUACGUGCAAGCAACUGGACAGUAGCACGUGUGCCUUCGCUGUGUCUUCCUCCGGUCUACGUUGCGUGCUGGAGAAGCGUGCGCAAGGGAGUGGACAGAAGGAGGACCACACGUGCCGCAGUUCCAGUGUGCUGGCGACGAGGAUCGCCAGUUGGGUGGAGACCGAUGAGUGCGUCGCAGCAUGCGGGUUAGAUCGAGAGACGUUUGGUAUCUCUUCGGAUUUAUUACUCGACGGGCGGUUCAUAAGCCGCCUUUGCUCGCCGGAGUGCUACCAGAGUUGCCCCAACGUAGUUGACCUCUACUUCAAUCUUGCGGCCGGUGAAGGAGUUUUCCUUCCUAACUUGUGCGCAGUGAAGGCUGAGCGCCGGGAAAUGGCAGAGAUAAACAGCUUCGGGCAGUCUGAAGAAGCUGCUUGCGCGCCGGAGGCUCCGCGGUUUGCUGGCGGAAGGAGGCUGAUAGGUCUUGAACAUAUCAACGGCGGCAGCGCUCCGCCGCCGGAGCAGGGGAGGAAGCUGGAAGAGUAUGGAUCUGUGGAUGCAACGCCUCCUCUUUGA